AUUAGAAACGCAUUUUUGUAUAAUGUUCGAAAGAAAUUGAUUGUUUAGAGGACAUGUCCUACUCACACAUGAACCGAAGGUUCUAGAAUGGUCAUGUGAUGUGGUUUGACCAGUUGUGUUGCAUUUUGAAAAAUACCCUGGGUUACCCGUGAUUUUUUUUAAACAAAUGCCUAUGUAGCUGUCAAACUAUCUAGGUUACUACAUCGAAAAAAGGACGUGAAUGUCGGUGAGCUUACGGUGAACCGAUGUUUGAUGUUAGGAUAUUUGUGUUUUAAGUAAAACUAAAUCCUGUCCCACGCUAUAUAAUAAAUCAAGAACUGAAUGUAGCACGUGAACUGGUUUGACCAAUCACCGAUCGACUUUUGAACUGAAGUGUAUAAAUAUGAGGCGGUUGCCCAUAGAGACGUCCGCCAUUGAAGACUGGUUUUCAACGUACUUAAUAUUGUUUAAACCUUGUAUUGUGUUUUUAUUCGUUAAAAGGCAAAAAAUAGCACCGUUUUUAUCCACCGCAAUCAUCUGCGAAAGUCUCAUUGGGCAUCCUUCCAGCAGAACACGGUCGGCAAAGAGCGUCUGUCUCAGUUCGGCAGUAAAAACAAUCUUGUGCCAGAGACGGAGAGUGGUCUUGGAGGAAUAUGUGUGAGAGCUGAGCUACAGGAAACAAGUGCCGCUCUGAACUCCUACCCCGUGUCUACCGACCUUUGGACUGCACCACGAUGACAGACGCCAUAUGUCCCCCAAUGUCCAUGGUGGGAGGCGUGAACCCUCCUCCCCCGGAGUUCAACAAUCCCAAGAAGCCCGGCCGCAUCACAAACCAGCUGCAGUACCUGGAGAUGGUGGUGGUCAAGGUCCUGUGGAGACACAACUUCUCCUGGCCUUUCAGGAUGCCUGUGGAUGCUGUCGGACUGCACAUUCCAGAUUACUAUACAAUUAUCAAGACGCCAAUGGACUUGAGCACCAUCAAGAAGCGUCUUCAGAAUAAUUAUUACUGGAAAGCGAUGGAAUGCAUAGAAGACUUCAACAAACUGUUCACCAACUGCUAUGUAUAUAAUCGGCCUGGAGAUGACAUAGUUCUGAUGGCCCAGGCCUUGGAGAAGAUCUUCCUACUGAGAGUGGCUGAGAUGCCCCCGGAGGAGACUGAGAUAUCUGCCAUCACAACCAAGACCCCAGUGAAGGGUGGGAGGAAGUCCUCUGCUGGUAUGAUAAAGCUGAGGCCCCAGUCCCCUGUGUCUGAGGUGGUGUUCCAGCAGACGGUGACGGUCAUCCCUCUUGAGGCCCACCACACCAUCCCCCCUGCUGCCCAGCUCUCCUCUCAGAUAGCAGCCAAAAUCGAGAAGGGUGUGAAGAGAAAAGCAGGCGCCACCACACCGACAGCCUCUUCUCCGAUCACCAGCUGCGAGUCGUCCCCCGUCGUCGAUGGCUCGACGCCCUGUAAGCUGUUCUCCAGGCGAGGCAGCGGUCGGCCCAUCAAACCCCCCAGGAAAGACCUGCCUGAUUACCACCAGAGACAGAAUAGUAAGCUCUCGGAUCAGCUCCGCUUCUGUAACUGCAUCCUGAAGGAGAUGUUCACCAAGAGGCAUGCGGCGUACACCUGGCCCUUCUACAAGCCGGUGGAUACGGAGGCCCUGGGUCUACACGACUACCACAACGUCAUCAUGCAGCCCAUGGACCUGGGCACCAUACGGAAAAAAAUGGUUGAACGUGAAUACAUGGAUGCCCAGGAUUUUGCUGCUGAUUUCAGACUCAUGUUCUCCAACUGUUACAAAUACAACCCACCCACCCAUGAGGUUGUUAUUAUGGCAAGAAAACUCCAGGAUGUGUUUGAGGAGCGCUGGCUGAAGCUUCCAGAUGAGCCAGUGAGGAGGGCGGGUGGGCCAGGUCACCACAGGGACAAGAGAGGGAGAGGAGAUGGGCCUGAGAGCUCCUCCAGCACAGGCAGCAGUACCGGCAAGAGCUCCUCAGAGUCCGAGUCCUCAGACUCUGAGGAGGAAGAAGAGGCCAGAGCUCUACGGUUGGCUAAGCUAGAGGAACAGUUGAAAGCGGUGCACGAUCAGCUGCAGAGACUCACCCAGGAGCCCCUGCUCAAACCAAAGAAGGAGAAAUCAAAGGAGAGAAGAAAAAAGGAAAUGAGUAGAAGACCGAAGCAUGAAGACUUGAGGAAACCCAAAAUACAGAAGAAGUGCAUUAACAAGGGAACGCCAUCUGUGCACGGCAAGAGGAGGAAGAUGGCUCUCCCUGUGAUGCCCUAUGAGUCUGAGGAGGACGAGGUGCUAGCGGUGCCCAUGUUGUACGGUGAGAAGAGGCAGCUGAGCCUGGACAUCAACAAACUGCCGGGGGACAAGCUGGGCAAGGUGGUGAACAUCAUCCAGGGCAGGGAGGCCUCCCUCCGUGACGCCAACCCUGAGGAGAUAGAGAUCGACUUUGAGACCCUCAAGCCCUCCACACUCAGGGCUCUGGAGAGCUUCGUCACGACCUGCUUCAGGAAACGGCCCAAGAAACCCAACCUGAAUAAGCUGGUGAAAGCCAAAGGAGAGAUGCAGACUGUGAAGGAGCAGGAUGCAGAGAAACCUCGCCAGAGUAUUACAGACGAGCCGAGCUCACUGGCCAAGAAGAAAAAGGCAACAAAUGAGCCCCCUAUAGCUCCUCCUGUCCCAGACUUGGCCCGGCUGUCCCGUCUCAGUGAGAGCAGCAGCUCUUCCUCCUCCGGCUCUGACCGCUCCAGCAGUAGUAGUGAUUCUAGCACUUCUGAUAGCAGUGACUCUGAAUCAGUAAAGAAAUCUGAGACGAAAAAGAAAUGCAAAGACACUCCACACAAGUUCAAGAUCAAGAAUUCCAAAAAGAAGAAAUCUGCUAAGAAAGACCCAGUGUCGAAGUCCUCUCUCCAGACCAGCCAGCCCCCGCCUGCCUCUGCCUCGCUAGUCCCAGCAGUAGUAACAAAAGACCUGCCUCCUCUAGAGCUACUCACGUCUCCCCCAGCCUUACACAGCCGCCUGCCUCCGCAGCCUUCAAGACCAAGUGCCAAAGCAGCACCACUACCUCGCAAAAACAGGGUGGCCCCCCUGCAGCUCACUGACAGUCAGCCCCAACAACAGCAGGACCUGCUGGUCCCCUCUGAGAGCCCCACUACUCCCUAUCUCACUCCCCCUUCUUCCUGUGACCCCACUCUUACUCUGCCCACAGACCCACUCAACACAACAGCUGCACUCACACACACACCUCCCUCCAGCCUGCUCUGUUCCCUUCAAACCCCUCCCUCUCCCCUAGCACUCCUCCCCUCUCCUCGGUGUCGAUCACUAGCCCAGACACAGGAGGUGAAAACUGGGCCACCUGAUAGGGCGCAACAGGAAGGUCUGUCUGCGCUGCUGACCCCUCUGACCUCUCCUCCUGCAGUUUUACUACAGGCUGCUGAUAGCAGAUAUGAGCAGCAGCCGUGCCCAGUGCUGUUGUACCCUCUACAAGACAGCCCAUUACAGCCAGUGAAGGAUGAAGGGAGGCUCUCUGAAGCACUGGGGGAGACCCACUCCAAGAUUCUGCAGAAACAGCCUUAUCCCAGACACUCUGAUGGUGUGUUUGAUGGUGGAAACACCAGCCUCUCUCAUCCAGCUAAUAAACCCACUGCAGAUGGAAAAAGCACACCUGCCAAAAAGGAUAUUGUCCUGAAGAACGCAGACUCCUGGGCUAGUUUGGGGAAGAUAGCCAUUUCCACUCCCUCCACGGUGAAGUCUUCAAAGGAGAGCUUUGAUAAGUUCCGCAGGGCAGCCAUUGAGAAGGAGGAGAGAGAGAGAGCUCUCACUCUAAAGAGGACGCAGAUGAAGGCUUCAGGGAAGAGCAGCCUGACCAUGCCAGUAUCGUUGCCAGUGGCAGUACCAGUGCCACCUAGAGCUGCGGAACAAGAGCACCUUCCAUGUAGAACUCUGGCGCCAGAGCCAGCAGAGAUCCCCAUGCCGACGGAGGCAAUCGUGGAGCCUCAGCCUCCUAGAGCUCCAGAGCCCCUGAAAGAGGAGCCUCCAGCGGCUGCCUCAACCCCACCUCCGCCCUUCACUACCCAGACCUCUGUAGAUGGAGAGAGGGAGAUGGCCCGCAGGAGAGAACAGGAGCGACGCAGACGAGAGGCUAUGUCUGGUGUCAUUGACAUGACAAUGCAGAGUGACAUCAUGGCAACAUUUGAGAAGAACCUGGACUAAAAUAAAAUGGCAGCAGACCAUGCAGCUGGUGACUGACGUCUGUCUUCUGUUGUUGUUGGACAAUAAAUAAUAGAGCUUGUUGUUUUAGUAAACGACACCCUAGGCGCCUUCUCUCCCUCCAGACACUGGCUGUCUGAACCAGCCACGCUGCAUCUAGAUGACGGAAACGGGUCAUUAUGCCUGUGUCCCAAAUGACAUCCUAUCCCCUAUACGGUGCACUACUUUUGGGCCUGAUUGGCCCUGGUCAAACGUAAUACACACACACAAAAAAUGGAAUAGAGUGCAAUUUGGGAUGCAGGCUAUUAUUAUCCUUAACAGGAGAAGCAUGUACUGUAGCAUGGCAACCUCACCUGACGUAACCCCAGUACAUUUUAGUAUUGUUGUAAGAAGAUGCUAUUGCAAAAAUAUUGCAAAAAAUAUACAGUACCAGUCAAAAGUUUGGGGACCUACUCAUUCAAGGGUUUUUCUUUUAUUUUUACUAUUAUUCUACAUUGUAUAAUAAUAGUGAAAACAUCAAAACUAUGAAAUAACACAAAUGGAAUCAUAUAACCAAAAAAGUGUUAAACAAGAUUCUUCAAAGUAGCCACCCUUUGCCUUGACAGCUUUGCACACUCUUGGCGUUCUCUCAACCAACUUCACGAGGAAUGCUUUUCCAGAAGUCUUGAAGGAGUUCCCACAUAUGCUGAGCACAUGUUGGCUGCUUUUCCUUCACUCUGCGGUCCAACUCAUCCCAAACCAUCUCAAUUGGGUUGAGGUCGGGUGAUAGUGGAGUCCAGGUCAUCUGAUGCAGCACUCCAUCACUCUCUUUCUUGGUCAAAUAGCCCUUACACAGCCUGGAGGUGUGUUGGGUCAUUGUCCUGUUGAAAAAUAAAUGAUAGUCCCACUAACUGCCAACCAGGUGGGAUGGCGUAUUGCUGCAGAAUGCUGUGGUAGCCAUGUUGGUUAAGUGUGCCUUGAAAUCUAAAUAAAUCAGUGUCGCCAGCAAGCACACCCCACACCAUCACACCUUUCCGUGCUUCAUGGUGGGAACCACACAUGCGGAGAUCAUCCGUUCACCUACUCUGCGUCUCACGGAGACACUGGUUGGAACCAGAAAUCGCACAUUUGGACUCAUCAGACCAAAUAACAGAUUUCUCCCGGUCUAAUGUCCAUUGCUCGUGUUUCUUGGCCCAAGCAAGUCACUUCUUAUUGGUGUCCUUUGGGUAGUGGUUUCUUUGCAGCAAUUCGACCAUGAAGGCCUGAUUCACGCAGUCUCUGAACAGUUGUGUCUUUGCGACUGCACUUGAAGACAAAGUUCUUAAUUUUCCAGAUUGACUGACCUUCAUGUCUUAAAGUAAUGAUGAAGUGUUGUUUCUCUUUGUUAUUUGAGCUGUUCUUUCCAUAAUAUGGACUUGGUCUUGGCCCUAUUUGGUAAAUCUUCUGUAUUCCAACCCUACCUUGUCACAACACAACUGCUUAGCUCAAAUGCAUUAAGGAAAGAAAUUCCACAAAUUAAUUUAAGGCACACCUGUUAAUUGAAAUGCAUUCCAAGUGACUACCUCAUGAAUCUGGUUGAGCGAAUGCCAAGAGGGUGCAAAGAUGUCAUCAAGACAAAAGGUGGAUACCUUUUGAAGAAUCUCAAAUAUAAAAUAUAUUUUGAUUUAACACUGGUUACAUGAUUCCAUGUGUUAUUUCAUAGCUUUGUCUUCACUGUUCUUCUAACAAUGUAGAAAAUAGUAAAAACCCUGGAAUGAGUAGGUGUCCAAACUUUUGACUGGUUGUGUGUGUAUAUACUCAGCAAAAAAAGAAAUGUCCUCUCACUGUCAUGCGUUUAUUUUCAGCAAACGUAAUGUGUAAAUAUUUGUAUGAACAUUAGAUUUAACAACUGAGACAAACUGAAUAAGUUCCACAGACAUGUGACUCACAGAAAUUGAAUAAUUUUCCCUGAACAAAGGGGGGGACGGGGGUCAAAAGUAACAGUCAGUAUCUAGUGUGGCCACCAGCUGCAUUAAGUACUGCAGUGCAUCUACUCCUCAUGGACUGUACCAGAUUUGCCAGUUCUUGCUGUGUGACGUUACCCUGCUCUUCCACCAAGGCACCUGUAAGUUCCUGGACAUUUCUGGGGGGAAUGGCCCUAGCCCUCACCCUCCGAUCCAACAGGUCCAAGACAUGCUCAAUGGGAUUGAGAUCCGGGGCCAUGGCAGAACACUGACAUUCCUGUUUUGCAGGAAAUCACGCACAGAACGAGCAUUAUGGCUGGUGGCAUUGUCAUGCUGGAGGGUCAUGUCAGGAUGAGCCUGCAGGAAGGGUACCACACGAGGGAGGAGGAUGUCUUCCCUGUAACGCACAGCAUUGAGAUUGCCUGUAAUGAUAACAAUUUCAGUCCGAUGAUGCUGUGACACACCGCCCCAGACCACGACCUACCCUCCACCUCCAAUUCGAUCCCGCUCCAGAGUACAGGCCUCUGUGUAACGCUCAUUCCGUCGACGAUAAGCGUGAAUCCGACAAUCACCUCUUGUGAGACAAAACCGCGACUCGUCAGUGAAGAGCACUUUUUGCCAGUCCUAUCUGGUCCAGCGACGGUGGAUUUGUGCCCAAAGGCGACGUUGCCGGUGAUGUCUGGGAGGACCUGCCUUACAACGGGCAUACAAGCCCUCAGUCCAGCCUCUCUGUCUUUUGCGGACAGUCCGAGCACUGAUUGAGGGAUUGUGUGUUCCUGGGGUAACUCGGGCAGUUGUUGCCAUCCUGUACCUGUCCCGCAGGUGUGAUCUUCGGAUGUACCGAUUCUGUGCAGGUGUUGUGCGUGGUCUGCCACGGUGAGGAUGAUCAGCUGUCCGUCCUGUCUCCCUGUAGCGCUGUCUUAGGCGUCUCACAGUACGGACAUUGCAAUUUAUUGCCCUGGCCACAUCUGCAGUCCUCAUGCCUCCUUGCAGCAUGUUCACGCAUAUGAGCAGGGACCCUGAGCAGCUUUCUUUUGGUGUUUUUCUGAGACCGUAAAAAGGCCUCUAGUGUCCUAAGUUUUCAUAACUGACCUUAAUUUCCUACCGUCUGUAAGCUGUUAGUGUCUUAACUACAGUUCCACAGGUGCAUGUUCAUUAAUUGUUUAUGGUUCAUUGAACAAGCAUGGGAAAGAAUGUUUAAACCCUUUACAAUGAAGAUCUGUGAAGUUAUUUGGAUUUUUUUUCCUUUGAAAGAUAACGUCCUUUUUUUCAGGACCCUUUUUUUUGUUGAGUCAUAUACACACACACACACACACACACACUUACUUAAUGAACCAUAUAUAGAUGGAAUUUGACUUUUUGUACUUGUGAUGGUUGGUUUGUAAAUACCAGCUGCACUGAAGUGAUGCUUAACUCUUAGAGAAAGAAGAGUAAAAAAUUAAGAGCUGUUGAAAAAUGUUCCACCAACAUGUUCGGUCCUCUUUUCCUUUUCACCUAGCUUGCGUCACAAAUGGCACCCUAUUGCCCUUCUGAUCAGAGCACUAUAUACGGAAUAGGGUGCCAUUUCGGUAGUUGACUUGGUGAGUCCUCCCAUGUACACCAGAGGAGGCUGGUGGGAGGAGCUAUAACAGGAUGGACUCAUUGUAAUGGCUGGAAUGGAAUAAAUUGAACGGUAAACAUAUGGAAAACACAUGUUUGACUGUUCCAUUUAUUCCAUUCCAGCCAUUACAAUGAGACUGUCCUCCUAUAGCUCCCCCCAUCAUGCUCAUCUGGUGUUCACAUCAACCUGUUUACAUGCUUAUUAACGUUCCAACUUUUUGACUUGGCUGAAAUGCAUAACCUGACUUUUUUUUUGGGGGGGGGGCUUCACUCCAAUAGUAAUACUAUUAUGUAUACCAUGUACUGUAUAGUUUAUCUCCAGUUCUUUACUCCUUCAUGUCAUUCAUAGUCAAUUCUGCACCUUUUUGUGGAAAAAUAUUCAAUAUGAUGCUCUGAGCUAUACUGUACAUGUCAUUUUUGACUUAUUUGGGAACAGAUUUUUUUUAUAUACUUGUGUGGACAUACAAUAUUUGUCUGUAUAAAAUUAUACUUAGUAUUUUAUUACACAGAGGCUGGGGAUGUCGGUCUUAUUUAAAACUACACUUUACCUUGUUUAGGUGCCAUAUAUAGUGGUGUGCUUAGGAAACUUUAGGCAUUGUUGGUGCCUAUAUUGUGUUGUUUUUUUCUAAUGGGAUCCAACCCUGACUACAUUUAUUUUGGCAGACAGACUUUAAUGUAGUUUUUUAUCCUAUGGUUCUAGCUGUUCUGCAGUGG